UGCUAAGUAUUUUGUAAAAUUGUAAAUACAAAUUUUAUUCUCUUUUUAAUUUUUACCAUUUUUGCUCCCACUUUCUAUUGUUAAAGUCAUUAUGCUGCGGCGAAAAAAUGACUCGUUAUCAAAUAUUCAUUAGUUACAUAUUACUAGUCGAAACACAGCGUCAUUAAUAAUAAACCAUAGAUUAACUAUCCUAGAAAUAGUAAAACCUUAAAUGCUAGAAAAAUAUCAAAAGAAGCUGGAAAUGAGUGAAUCAUAAUAUAUUCCUUACUUUUAAAAGAACAGCCCGAUCAGUUAAUUUUCCACCCACUUUUUUGAGUAAGGUAAUUUCUCAUCAUUUUGUGAUGCAAGUUUACAAUAUCUGAGGUUUGAAUCAAUUUAUAUUGCCAUACUAAAAAACCCAUGACUAGUGUAUAUGGAAAACCUAUUACCAUGCAUUUCACCCACAGAUAACAAAAAGAUAGAUAACAAUUUGGCAUAUACUUAAUUAAAUGGAAUGAAUUCAGUGCCAUAAAAUUAUCUUCAAACUUUUAAGCAGAACUUGUGUCUUGUGCAAAAACUAAAUUGUUACAGGUGUGUUAUAAGAACCCAUACUAUAUGUUGAAAGUUAUCACACUGGAAUCUUUAGCAGUUCAAAGAAACCAACAUCUAGUCACUCAUAUAUACCUCUAAAAACAAUGGAAGAAAACUAUGACUACUCUGAGGUCUACCAGAGACUUUCAUUCUGUACCUACUUAGCCUAUGGAAUGGGCCACAUUUUAAAUGAUGUUUGUGCUUCCAUGUGGUUCACCUAUUUAUUGAUCUUCAUGCAUCUGGUUUUAGACUUUACAAAUACAGAAGCAGGAACAUUGAUUUUAAUAGGACAAGUUGCUGAUGCCUUGAGUACCCCUUUUGUGGGGUAUUAUAGUGAUCAAGGAGAUAAUUUCUGGUUUUGUAGAUAUGGCAAAAGGAAAACCUGGCAUUUAAUCGGCACUAUCUGCGUAAUUUUUACAUUUCCCUUCAUUUUUUCGCCAUGCGUUGGUUGCCAACAGUCCUCCCACUCUGCCAAAAUGCUCUACUACGGCAUGUUUAUAAUAAUAUUCCAAUUUGGUUGGGCUGCAGUACAAAUCUCUCAUCUGUCCCUUAUACCAGAGAUCAGCCCUAACGAACACGAUAGGACAAAGCUUACAGCUGUUAGAUAUGCCUUCACUGUGAUGGCAAAUAUAAUCGUUUAUAUGAUCGCUUGGUUAGUCUUAAGCCUUGAGGAUAGGGACAAUUCGCAAAUAGGACCUCCCGAUGUUGGUAACUUUCAGUUAGUAGUUAAUAGCGUUAUGGGGUUAGGCGUCUUAUGCUCCUUGCUAUUUCAUAUAUUUGUUAAGGAAAAUAAUGUGACUAAUACUGGGUUUCAAGACGUCAGGGGCCCCAGGCUAAGGACGGAUUUUAAAGAAUUGUUUUCAAACAUUCAGAUGUACCAGGGAGCGUUAAACUACAUGUGUUCGAGGCUUUUUAUAAAUUUAACUCAAGUCUUCAUUACCCUUUAUUUGCAUGAAGUGCUUCAAACGGAAGCGAGUGCCUUAGCGGUGGUGCCAUUGGUCAUGUACUUAGGAAGUUUAAUGACGUCCUUAUUCAUUGGAACGGUGACAAAGAUGAUUGGCCGGAAAUUAGCGUACAUUUUCGGGACGAUGAUAGGUGUCGCUGCUUGUAUACUUGUACAUUUUGGUGGAAAAGGACCCCUUUACAGCUAUUAUAUAAUCUACCUUGUUGCGGCCCUAUUGGGUUCAGCCAGUUCGAUAGUGCUGGUUUCUAGUUUGGGGGUCACAACUGAUCUUAUUGGCACUAGAACGGACUCGGGGGCAUUUGUGUUUGGUCUUAUGUCUUUCGUUGACAAGCUAUCGAACGGAAUUGUAAUAGCGAUAAUUCAAAGUAGUCACGAGGGCGAGACGAACGACUGGUUUUAUAGGGAUAUGCUAACUUAUGUUUGUGGUGGAGCAUUACUUUUUGGAGGGCUUGCUGUGAUUUCAUUAAGGCGACUAAUAAGCGAGGCGGCUUCGAACGAACAAUUGUUGUUUGACAACGAAGAGACAGAAGGUCCUAUUAAUUGAUGCUUUUUAGGACACUUAAGGGUUAAAUUUCAUAAUUUUUUUAAAUGUAACUAAGAAACAAGUGGUGAUAUUAAUGAUUAGUAGGUAUUUUACUAAUUUAUGUAUAUAUUAUGACAUUUUUGGACAGAAUUUAUUAGUUAGGAUUUUAAAAGCAAGAUUUUGUUUGUAUAUUUUUGCCCAUUUUUAGAUCUGAUCUGUUUUACUUUCAUAACUUAGUUCUUAAGUUCUUCUAGUCUGUUAAUGCAAAACUUGCGCACAGUAGAUAAAUCUACUAUACAUAUAUUUUUAUAACUUAUUAAAAGAAGUAUUACUAGCUUUAAUUUUGGAAAAAAUGUUAUUUACAAAUGGAUUUUUUGUUUAUGUCAUGAAAUAAAUUUUAUCAAAUAUU